CACAGACGAAGUCCUCGUCCCUGUAGUGCAGUAGCGCCUCCCCUUUGCAUCUGCUCUUAUCUCUUUCACCCGUGAAAGAGCAAAUCAAAUCGAAUCGAAUCGGAUCGGAGGAGCGAAAGGGGGAGUGGAUUGAUCGGAAAUUGGACAAUGGGGAAAGGCGGGGCUAUGAGCGACGGCGUGCUGAAGAAGAUCGUGCUGUCGUACACGUACGUGGCGAUAUGGAUCUUCCUGUCCUUCACCGUCAUCGUCUACAACAAGUACAUCCUGGAUCGGAAGCUCUACAAUUGGCCCUACCCGAUUUCGCUCACCAUGAUCCACAUGGGGUUCUGCUCGUCCCUGGCGUAUCUCCUAGUCAAGGUCUUCAAGGCGGUAGAUCCUGUGGUCAUGUCUUGGGAUCUGUACCUGAAAUCGGUCGUCCCCAUCGGCCUUUUGUACUCUCUCUCGCUCUGGCUUUCCAAUUCGGCUUACAUUUAUCUCUCUGUCUCGUUUAUACAAAUGCUCAAGGCGCUGAUGCCGGUCGCGGUGUACACGAUCGGUGUCCUGUUUAAGAAGGAAGGGUUCAGAUCGGAGACGAUGGCGAACAUGAUCUCGAUCUCGAUUGGUGUGGGGAUCGCGGCCUACGGCGAGGCGAAAUUCGAUACUUGGGGAGUUAUUCUCCAAUUAGGGGCGGUGGCUUUCGAGGCGACCAGGCUUGUGAUGAUUCAGAUCUUGUUGACAUCCAAGGGUAUCACGCUUAACCCUAUUACUUCUCUCUAUUACGUUUCCCCUUGCUGCUUGGUUUUCCUGUUUGUGCCGUGGAUCUUCGUCGAGUAUCCCGUUCUGAGGGAUACUUCAAGCUUCCACUUUGACUACGUGAUUUUCGGAACCAAUUCCCUCUGUGCAUUCGCAUUGAAUCUCGCUGUGUUCCUACUUGUGGGGAAGACAUCCGCUCUGACCAUGAAUGUGGCUGGUGUGGUCAAGGAUUGGCUCUUGAUCGCCUUCUCGUGGUCUGUCAUUAGGGACACUGUGACUCCAAUCAAUCUUUUCGGAUAUGGACUGGCUUUCUUGGGCGUUGGUUAUUACAACCACUCCAAAUUGCGUGACCUAAAAGCCAAGGAGGCGCAGAAGAAAUCUCAGCAGGCUGAUGAGGAGGGUGCAGGGUUGUUGGAAGGGAGGGAAGGUGAUAACAAUGGAGGAACUAAGAAGAAUGAGUCUCAGAACUGAACUGAUUGGGCAGUGUUUCGUCUCCUGCAAGAUGAUUGCUUUUACUUGGAUGAGGGCAAUGGUGGCAAAGAUGAAAUCUUCUUGGGGAUUGACGGAUGGAUGCGGCUGCGGCGCUUAGGAUUAUGGUUUUUGGUAGGCAGUGGUUAGGAGUUUCUAAUAUAUAUAUAUAUAUAUGUUUGUUCGAAUUUUACCUUUUUAUGAACCUUGUUAUUUCUUGGCCCCCGUCGUGUUUGGAACUUUGAGGCCGCCUGCGACUCAAAGUUCCGAUCAUGUGUUAUGACCGGAUGAUGAUUUGGGGCUGAUGGUUCUUAGAGACGCUUGUGAUACUAUACUAGUAUUUAUUUUAAAUAUUUAUUUGCAGGAUAAUGUGGUGUUUUGCUGGUAUCACCUUAUAUUUAUUUCAUGUUCAUAUCA